GACUUCUAUCCAAUGCUCUGUGCUAAAUUUAGCAUUGACAUAUGUUGAUCCCUAAUAAGCUUUGUGGGAGAAAUGACUGAAACUAAAUUCAGCAUUGGCAUAUGUUUAUCCACAAAAUGUCAAUUUUGACAUCUUUAUGCCAUUUUUAUCCAUAUCAGUAAUGUUGGUAAGAUUUUCCAUUUAGAUGCACUAGAGCUAAAAUUUUUCUUUUAAAUGCAGGUGAUUUUGGCAAGACAUGAUUUUGGUGGUGCUUGUAUUUCAUAUGUAAUGGAGUUGUUUCCAUCUAAAAUCUCAAAAGCAAUUUUUAUAGCUGCAGCAAUGUUGAGUAGUGGGCAGAGUUCGCUUGAUAUGUUUUCCCAACAGACAGGUUCAAAUAUUCUGAUUCGACAAGCUCCGAAAUUUUUGUACACAAAUGGGAAAGAUCAGCCCCCAACUGCUAUAGAUCUUGACAAAGAUUUGGUGAAAGACUUCUUGUUCAAUCAAAGUCCUGCUAAGGAAGUUGCAUUGUCAUUAGUUUCAAUGAGGCCAAUACGUUUUGCGCCGGUUAUAGAGAAACUCUCACUUUCUGAUGUGAAUUAUGGCUGUGUCCGGCGAUUCUUUAUUGGAACCCAUAAAGAUUGUGCCAUACCAGUUGCUCUACGAGAGAACAUGAUAAAUAUCCCCCAGAACAGGUUUUUCGGCUUAAAGGUUCUGAUCAUGCACCUUUCUUCUCAAGGCCUCAGUCCCUGCACAAAAUUCUAGUAGAGAUAUCACAAAUUCCACCAAAGCAGGUCUGAAUCCUAUUGCACCAAAGCCUGGUGUGAUAAAUAUCUGGCACUGUGUGACCUGCAUAUACUAACUCCAAUGUAUUAAAGUAACAAAAAUUAUGAUUAAACAAACAACCAA